AUGAGCCAUCCGUUUCCCUCGCUGUUCUCGAGCAAGAAGAAGCGCCCAGACGCUGCCCAUGACACCGACUCCGAGGACGAUGUGACCGUCAUGACGAAGCCGCUAGGGAGUGGUACACACAAGAGAGGAGGUGCAACUGGCGGCAGCAGGGACUUCGCCACAGGCAACUGCAUGACUUGCGGCUCACUCGUGCGUUGGCCGCGAGAGCUGAAAGUCUUCAAAUGCACCGUCUGUGUAACUAUCAACGAUAUCCAUUCAGACCAGCAAAGCGCCAAAGCCAACAGCGGCCCCAAGUGGCUUCAGCGCCCCUCCCAAGACUCGACGUCCCCUCAGAAACAACCGCCCCGCCCAGCCGAACGAAAUGAGGCCAAACCGAUUUCCCUCGAGCAGACUAAAAGGCUGAUUCGACAGUGUAUUCAUGCACAUCUGGCGAGGGCGAUUAGGAGGUCUUCAAGCUCCGAGGAUGAACACCGCGAAAACGUUGAGGUCCAUGGGCCUUCCGACCAUUUGAGAGAACAUGGUGGCCGACCAUGCACUUCGAGGACUACUGGCGUCCUGCAACAUAGGCGAGAAAAAAGUCAAGGCAAUGGGACAGCUUACGUCUUUCCCGAGCAGCCGACGCUGCGUCCCAAUACGCUUCGCGCACCGCCAACGGCAAGAUCUCUCUCAUCUUCAUACCCCGAAAGACCUUCCAUGCGGCAGCUCACGGCAGACAGUGGUGGUGCCCGGCCGGCGGACUCCAGAUACUGGAAUGUCGACGACCCGAAAAUGAUCUUCAGACCGCUGGAAGACUAUAUCACGACCUGCUUCAGCUCAUUCCAUUGCGUAAAUUCGUCCUUCUCGUCUCGGCGACCUGUCAUCGCUGUCCGGUCAGGAAGCGAGUCUGCUUCCCGACGGCCAGUCAUUCCUAGACCUGAAGCAAAGUACGCUGAGCAGUACACCGAAUCCCCAAUCUGUGACCUUGAUCCAAAACUUCUGCUGCUCGGCGAUUUCGCUGAGAAUGGCACGUGGUGGACUGGAAAUCAGGGACCGAAUGGGGCGCGUCAUAAGCGGUCGGCCUCACAACGGACCGAGGAGGUGCCUUCGUUCAUUACGCCACGCUCACCACAGGUAGAAUGGAACGACGUUGCAGAGUGGUACAGAUCCGUGGUCAAUGCAGCAGAAUCUUGGAUGUCUAUCUAUGAGGAGAUGACGCAAGAAUCAGGGGCUGAUCCCCUCUCAGCCACAGAACUUCGAGCCCUGGAAUCCCAGUUACUCUUCGGCCAGGACCACGCCCACAGGACUUUAUUGAAGGCUACCGAGGCACUAUUAAGGCGACCUGGUCGUCCGAUGACCGAACCGGAAGACUUAAGGUAUCUCCUCAUCAUUUUAGACAACCCUUUGCUACAUGGGGAGUCAAACGCUUUUCAGGGAAGGCGGAAUAGCGACAGACGCCCGUCGUUGGCACGCGACGAGUCAUUGAGAGAAGACAGAUCGACCUUGAAAACUGGUCCUGUGUCUGGACAGCACUCUGUCAUCAUCAAACGAAUCCUAGGCCUGAUCUCAAACUCCUCCAGUACGUGCCAGAACCAUUUGACCACAUGGUUCGCUCGGUAUUCCGAAUCCAGGUUCGUCAAGAUCAAGGAUCUGGCCGCGGGAUUCUUGACGUAUAGACUCAUUCGUCAAAACGAGAAGAAGCACGAGGUCAAGGUGGACAUUACAGCCGGGCUGAUUCCGAACAUGAGUGCCGGGCACUCGGCAGCUUCGCUGCAUGCUGCGCUGGGAACGCACCGUGCCGCCUCGAAAAAACAAAAGGAGCAACCGAAGAAGAUGGUGUACAAUGAAGACUGGCAGAUCCGGGCGGCCGCGCGAGUCUUAUCUCUGGUAUUUGCGGCAAACAACAUGACGCACAUUCGACGCCCGGACCAGACGUCAAGGAACAUGAGCAGCAGUACCCAUAGAGGCGGCAUCCAGGCUCAUGGGCAGAUCAUCCCGACGAGUGAUUUUUACAACACCAUGAUCGACUAUACCGAUCUGGUGGCCGAGUUCGAAGCCUGGGAGUCAAAACGGGGCAGAUUCUCGUUCUGCCAGUAUCCGUUUCUGCUGAGCAUAUGGGCAAAGUCCCAAAUAUUAGAGCACGACGCGCGCAGGCAACAAAUGACCAAGGCGCGAGACGCCUUCUUUGACAGCAUCAUGACGCGAAGAAAUGUCACGCAAUUCCUGGUGCUCGAUGUGCGGCGAGAGUGUUUGGUCGAUGACAGUUUGAAGGCUGUCAGUGAAGUCAUUGGAAGCGGGAGCGAAGACAUCAAGAAGGGGUUGCGCAUCGUUUUCAAGGGCGAGGAGGGCCUUGAUGCAGGAGGUCUAAAGAAAGAAUGGUUUCUUCUUCUCGUCCGUGAGGUGUUCAACCCGGAACAUGGUAUGUUCAUCUACGACGAAGACUCACAGUUCUGCUACUUCAACCCCAAUGCCUUUGAAACAUCAGACCAGUUCUUCCUUGUCGGUGUUGUGCUUGGCUUGGCCAUCUACAACUCCACCAUCUUAGAUGUGGCGCUGCCUCCGUUUGCCUUCCGAAAGCUUCUUGCAUCGGCACCUAGCGCAUCGGCUGGUUCGUCUGCACACCCUCGUCCAACCAUGAGCUAUACCCUGGAGGACCUCGCAGAAUACCGUCCGCGCCUGGCCACCGGCCUCAAACAGCUCCUUGAGUAUGAAGGCGAUGUUGAAACGACCUUUCAGCUGGACUUCGUUGUUGAUGUCGAGAAGUAUGGGACUGUGAUGCAAGUCCCACUCUGUCCGGGGGGCGAGACAAGACCAGUCACCAACGCAAACAGAGGAGAGUAUGUCAAUCUGCACGUCAGAUAUCUCCUUGAAACGGCAGUCGCUCGGCAGUUCGAGCCUUUCAAGCGCGGCUUCUACACAGUCUGUGGUGGUAACGCUCUGUCAUUGUUCCGGCCCGAAGAGAUUGAGUUGCUUGUUCGAGGGUCCGAUACAGCUCUUGACGUGGAUGCCCUAAGGGGAGUCGCCGAGUACGACAACUGGGGAACUAGAAACCCUGAUGGCGUGGAACCCGUCGUGGGAUGGUUCUGGGACACCUUCAAGGAGGCUUCCCCGGACGAACAGAGAAAAUUGCUCUCCUUCAUCACUGGCACUGACAGAGUGCCGGCCAUGGGCGCUGCUCUCCUUCCGAUAAAGAUUACAUGCUUGGGAGACGACGAGAACAGAUACCCUAUUGCUCGAACCUGCUUCAAUAUGCUGGCGUUGCGGCGUUAUGAUUCGAGGGAGAAAUUGGAACAUAUGCUGUGGACCGCCGUACACGAAAGCGAGGGUUUUGGUUUGAAGUAG